GCGUGGAUCGACCUCCUCAGCGUCGGACUAAGAACUUACAGCUGUUACUGCACGUGAUCGAGUGCUACGGGUUUCCAGACGUACCGUUUUUGACCGGGAUGUGGGUACCACGCUUCGUCCUUGGACUGUUGAUGUUUUGUAGCAUCGGGAGAGUCAGUGGUCAGCCAUCGAUCGGCUUACCUAAUCUCAAUAGAUAUCGCCUGUCAAGUCCCUCUUUUCUGGGUACUUUACUUGCCUUUGCUGUUGGAUACACAACUAAUCGUGUCCUCGAUCCAAGCUCUGGAGAACCUAUCGAUAGGUGCCCCGAGGGAUGGUUUAAGCGGCUUAACCGAUGUUAUUUUUUUAGUGAGAUAAAGGCUAGUUGGUAUGGUGCGGAGGCACAAUGCAGGGUAAUGGGCGGCUACCUUGCCAUACCCGACACCUUGGAAGAGAAUAACGUACUGAAGGAAUUGUCACGCACCGAGCGAGUACGAAUUAGUCCAGAUUUGGCUCACAUACCGCAUUUCGCCAGAUGGAUUGGACUACACACUGUCGAUAGUGUCAAUAUCAAAAAGAUAAUCACUAACGAAACCCCAACUUUCACCAACUUUGUUCCGCCAGAACCAAGUACAGAUUUAACUGUAGACAUGUGCGUCAAGUUGGACGAUGACACAGAUUUCACCUGGGCAGUAAAACAGUGUUUUCGAACGUUCUUCUACAUAUGUGAGCGCAGCCUGAAACACCGAUUUACGUAUAACAUUUAAGAAGAAAUUUUGAACAGGUCCUGAAACAUUUAUGUGAGUUUUUGAAACUAAAU